AUGCCCAAGCGAGCAAAGACACCGGAGAUGUUCGACGAUGCGAAGUACCUCACCGUCGUCGGUCCAUACCCUCCUCAUCCAAACAUGGAGCUCGCGCAACACCGCAUGGAGUUCUCGCGGUGGAUCGGAGCAUGCACGGGCCCUGAGUUCCUGCGUGCGUUCUACCACAAGCCCACGGUACGCCGAUGCAUC